UAUUCUGGUCACAUCCCACCCACCCCCAUCCCUUACUCUCCUCCCACACCUCCCCCACUUCCACACUUCCUUUCCUCCCGCCAAAUCUCCACCAUACUUUGUCUUUUUGUUUUGUUUUUUGCUUUGUGACCUACUGGGUUUAGCCAGGUCCUGGGGACAUGGGCAGAGAGCAAUGGAGCAUUAAUUACUCAGGGAUGGCUAUGUUACUAGAGAAGAUGACUUUCUCUCCUCCAGAAGCUCAAGACUGCCGUUAGCUUUCCUGGGUUGGGUGGGAACCCCACUAACCCCUCAUCCAUCUAUGAUGGAAUGUUUACAGGUUCAGUCUUUUGUGGGUGCCAUGCCAACAACCCACAGCUGUUGUAAGCUCGUGAAUGUCACGGCCAUAUCAUGCCCAGAGGAUAGCAUUUUAUAGCCCUAGUAGGAAAGGUCCUCGAUGCGAUUCAAAUGUAUGCACAAGCUUGGAAGCCAUUCCCGGUGAAAAGACAACCUUCAGCCUCUUCAGCCCCAUGCCUCUCCCCAGAGUGCCUUUAUCCACUUAGCCAUACUCUAACUCUUCAUAUCAUUAGAGAUUUUGUGAGGCCUUCUGCCUCUGCGCAGUCUUCCUGGAUUGAAUCCUACAAUUACCAGGGAGGAAGCGGAACUCCAGCAAAACUCUGGAAACUGCCCUACAUCUAAGACACCAAAGGGCCCACGGGUUCUCCCUCCGCCCCACUUUCUGAGAGCAGCAGCCAUGGCCCUGACUGACAUCGACGUGCAGAAGCAGAUCAAGCACAUGAUGGCAUUCAUCGAGCAAGAAGCCAAUGAAAAGGCAGAGGAGGUAGAUGCCAAGACAGAGGAAGAGUUCAACAUUGAGAAGGGCCGCCUCGUGCAGACCCAGAGACUGAAGAUUAUGGAUUAUUAUGAGAAGAAGGAGAAGCAGAUAGAGCAGCAGAAAAAAAUCCAGCUCUCCACCAUGAGGAACCAGGCACGGCUCGCAGUCCUGAGAGCCCGAGACGAUCUCAUCUUGGAACUGCUCAGGGAGGCGAAGGAGAGACUCGGCAAAACUGUGUUGGAUCUAGGUUUCUAUCAGGAGCUGCUGGAUAAACUUGUGCUCCAGGCCUUGCUCCGGCUUCUGGAGCCUGUGAUGAUCGUCCGCUGCAGGCCGCAGGACCUCCACCUGGUGGAGGCUGCAGUGCAAAGAGCCAUCCCUCAGUACGUGAUGCUCUGCCAAAAGCAUUCAGACGUCCAGGUUGAUCAAGAGAUAUAUUUGCCAUCGAAUACCGCUGGAGGCGUGGAGGUCUAUAGUGGCGAUCACAGAAUAAAGGUUUCCAAUACCCUGGAAAGUCGACUGAAUCUCGCGGCCCUGGAAAUGAUGCCAGAGAUACGAAAGACUUUGUUUGGAGUUAAUGCCAAUAGAAAGUUCUUUAUAUAAGGCUCUGGAAAGGGAAGCUUGGGUUGAACUGCAAAGUCAGAAAAGUCUUAAGUCAUUUGGACAACGGGAA